GCGGCCAUGUUUGACCCGAGUUUGACAGAUACACCCGUGAAUUGCUUUUUCAAAAACGUUCCUUUCGACUAGUUCUCGGUUAACGAGUCUACGCUCUGAAUUUUUGUUAACAUUUUAGUUCUGACAAAAAAAAACUUUUCUUUUUCCAAGUUUUCGACUUUUGCUUUGUUCUCUCUGAGUUGGAUUUCUGGGUUUAGUUUUGGUUCUGUUUAAAAGAUCAUAUUUUAAACUUCCUGCUAACAGUCUCAUAUUCGUCUCCUGUUCUUCUCUGUCUCCAGUCUUCGCAGCAGAACACUACGUGUUGGGGUUUGAGACUCCAAGAAUUUAAAUGUGACAGCAAAGCUGGACGUGCUUUUAAUAAGUUGUAAACGUAUUUACAUUUUUCAAAAUGCCGUUUUGUUUUUCUCCUUUUUCCAGCCCUUUCCUUAAAGAUAUCCCAGAAUUCCCCAGUGCACGUUCACUGAUGACAUUAUCAUUAGAGACAAUAUACAGAUGGACCCGAGCUGUUCUGUGUCAUCGGAGUUUAUGGAAAAAAACCUUCAUUUUGUGAUUUGAAAUCUUUUUUUUUGGAUACCAAAUUCUCCUCCCUCUUGUUCCUGAAUUUUGCUUUUUGAUUCACAACUGAGCCGAUGGUUCUUCUCUCUCCGCUGGAUUGUGGGUAAUCGUCUCCCAUGCUCGGUCACUGUUGGCGUGCCUCACUCAUAUAGUCAACAUCCGUAUGAGCGGAUACUAUUUACUAUAACAUUGUGACGUUGUGUGUGUGUAAAGCAUUUAUUGAUUUUGUGUGUGAGCGAUGAAUCUGUUUAACGACAAUGCAAUGUCACAUUUCCGCAAAAUCCUCAAAAGGAGGCAAAAGCAACUGUCAUUGGAUAGGUUCUUUGUUAAAAGUCCCAAAAAAGAAAAAGAUUCCAGUGAGCCAACAGUGAUUCCGUUAGUUAGAGUGAAAGUCGUUUUACACAAUAACCUUCCUCUUCCUCUCCUCUCUCUCCUCUCCCUCACACCAGCUAUGAUUCUUUUCAAAGGUAAAGUGCAGGUUAAUUUGUUUUAUGUAUUUUUACUUUAUAUUUUGUAUUAAUCAUUUUUAUAUGAAUAUUUUUGGGUUGUGGAACAGAUCAUCUGAGUUUCCAUUAUUUCUUAUGGAGAAAUUUGCUUUGCUAUACGAGUGCUUUGGAGUACAAGCAUGUUUCCGGAACAAAUUAUACUCACAAACCAAGGCACCACUGUAUAGAAAAUCCUCACUUUCUGCAGAUUCUCUUUUGUGCUCUUAUAAAAGUGUAACACACUUGGUCUAAUCACAUCUAUUCACAGAGGAAGUCCUCACUGCAGGCUGUGAGAUGGGGCGCGGACGGACAUGGGGGGCCGUGGAAGGCGGAAAACAGAUUCCAAGAGGCUUAUCGCAUGUCAGCUACACGUGAGGUUAACCAAUACCAGGACUGUGAUGUCCUUAGUUGUUUGGAUCAAUGUGUGUCUACCUGGAGGUCUGAGUAAAUCGUUUAUCCCAAUUUGUGUUGGAUGGAGACACGGGGCUUACAAUUGCUCCCCACAAAUAAAGAAUUCCCAGUUACUUUUGAGUCAAAAGCUUGCCCUUUGUACACACUGCCAGUCGCUAUAACCGAUCGGAUGGCUUAGUGAAGUCCUCUGAUUUGCCCCGCUUGUGGCCUCUGGUGUUGUGCCGAAUAGAUUGAACUCGACUGUAGAGGAAGCAAAAGUUGUAACAACGUUUCCAUAGAAAAACCUGUGUAAGGAUCAUCGCCAAGCCUGGAGGGGUGAGAGAGGAGGGCCGCCAUGCCCACCGCUCCUCCACACAGGCCAGCGUUCCGACGAAACUAUACUCUUCUUUUCUCAUAGGAUCAAUGCUUCAGUAUCUGUGUUUUCUGUUUCAGUGGAGUUUUCAGGAUCGUAACCCUGACAGUUAAUGAAAAUUUGACUGUUGUUUAUGUGGGCAACUCCUGCUAUUGUCUGUUAAGUGGUGGAUGAUGUUUGUAGGUAUGAAUGUUGGUGAUUCCACGUUGCUUUUUCAUGUUGUCCUCUUUGCAGAUAAUUGGGCCGGAUGACACGAUUUCAUUCUGCUGUGCACUGCAGUGUGUGAUUUUGACUGACAAAUAAAGUUACACUGUACACAUGACAACAAGGACCCAUGUGUGUUUGUCACCCUGCUGGGCACUAUAAACCAUCCUCUGGAGUGCAGACCCAUCAGUGAUGGAAAACAUCAAGAAGACAAUAUGCAGAAGACACAAGAUUUAUUUUAUUUUACUACUAGUUGUGGUUCUCUACUUUUGUUUAAUCCAAACGAAGUUGCCGACUAUUUUAAAUUUACUGUUCCCUGGCAUGGCCAGUCACUGGUAUCAACCUGAGAUGUUUGAUGGUAGCCCCCAGGCUUUAUCUGCCUAUUUAAUAAAGCAACAUACAAUACCAGAUGUGAAAACCUCUGAAGGGGGAAUUCAGAUCUUUGCCAUUAUAAAGUGGACCUUGCAUGAGGAGUACCUCUGCCUUCUUGAUUGUGACGAUAGAGUCGUCUUUAUGGAUGCACAGGUUAAAAUCUUCCUCUCCGUUCACAGCUUUCCUUACAUGCUGGUGGACCUCCAUUGCCACAACCCAUGCACACUGGCCACUGUAAUAAAAGUGGCAGUGACAACAAAGAGUCAGAACAUGACCCAGAGUUCCUUUGUUCAAAUCCAGUCUUUCAAUGAGAGUGAGCCCCCCCGAGACCUUACGGUGUGUAUCUCAGCUUUCAGUAAUUACGACAGAAGACGGCUCCUCCAGCAUGUCAGCGCCUACCAGCACUUGGGGACUGAGAAGAUCUACAUCUACCAAAGUGAAACCUCUGUGGAGAUGCAGAAGAUGCUGCCAAAAUUCCUUCAAGGGGGAUGUGUUGAGGUCAUCAACUGGAAAGUGGAUGCCAUUUUAAGACCAGCCAAUGCGACUGACUUGAUACAAGCUCUUCAGUGGGCAGCCUGGCGUGACUGCAUUUACAGAAACAAGCGAGGCAGCCAGAAUCUCGUACUCACUACCUCAGAUCAAAAUGGCCUUCUCACUAAAGGCUAUGCCUGGACUGGGAUGCUGCAGGUCUUCAGAAAGGAGAACUUUUCUAUCAAUGACAUGGAAGUGCGGGACUGUGCCAGAUACGUGGCUACCUCUGAUGAUGCCGGCAGGCAGGAGAAGAGCACUGAAGGAGCUCAGGUGAGGUGUGGUGAUGCCACCAUAAAGCCACUUCUAAGAACAGACACCACAUUUGCUGUCCUCACUUUGGCUGCGGAACCUUCUACCAAGAAAAAUCUGUCUCCACUGGCCCAGUGUCUUGGGAGCACAGCUUCCCAGGAGCAAGUGACCUUUGUUCAGCUGAGAAUUCAGGAGAAAGAAAAAGCCUCCUCAUUGGUCAAACCCGUCAGAGAUGCCCAAGCUUUGGUUGUUUCAGCAUUUUACGAAGACCGACAGCAGAAAGAUCUGAUUCUGAUCAUUGGAAUUGUCAAGCGAAGUCACUAUGAAAAAGGGCAGGGGGCGCUGUAUUGCCACGUGCCGUGUGGGAAUGCCAUUCACGUCAGACCCAUUGGUGUAGACAUUCACGGCGACCACUUUGGUUUUCCUUACGGGAUGGCGAGUCUCACCUGCACAAACCCAUGUGGAUCAACAGCUCUGACCAAUGUGACGGUGAGCGCAAGCAGUGACGGGAUGUCAUCGGGGGUCACACUAACAAUUCACAACACUAAAGACUCUCGACCCCCUGAGCCUCAGUGGGAUUUCACCGUCUGCACUUCCACGAUGUUUAAUAGCUUCAGUAAUGUCCUGCAGCUCAUCCAGUCUCUAGAGAUGUACCGACUGCUGGGGGCCAGAAAGGUGGUCGUCUACAAGACGAGCUGUUCUGACCAGGUACAGGAGGUGCUGGACUACUACGUCAAAGAAGGGUUUGUCCAGGUUCUUGAGUGGACAGUGAAUUUGUAUCUUAAUCCAUCCACAAGCUGGAGUUUUAAACUGCACAAGGCAGACUUGCACUAUCACGGUCAGAUUGUUGCACUAAAUGACUGUUUGUACCGAUACAUGUACUCCAGCAGGUAUCUGGUUCUUAUCGACCAGGAUGAGAUCAUUGUACCCUACAAACACAACAACUGGAGAGACCUGAUAGACUCCCUAAGAGAGGUGACACCUGGUGCCAACAUCUUCAGGUUCUCAAAUCGCGUAUUUCCAACUGAUACGUAUGAGAAAGACCCUGGCGCCCUACAAUGGAACGAUGUCCCAGGAGUCAACGUUCUACAAUUUGUCAACAGGGAGACAAAACUCGAAUGGUUCGACCCCAAAAAGAUGAUCGUGGAUCCCAGAAUAGCCUACAAAACCUCAGUUCAUCAACUCGCACAUCAUUUUGGAAAAGUGAAAGAAGUCAACGAAUGGGAAGCCCUGAUGUUCCAUUGUAAAGAGCACAAAGUGAUCUCGGAGCCUCGGAAAGAUUUAAGGCUUUUGGAUUAUAAAGCUCAGCUCAGAGUAAACGUGAAUCAAGUUUUGAGUCAAACUCUAAGACGGUUUUACCCAUUUGUGGUCACACCUGUGGAUGGUGUCAAUGUCUUCAUUGUUUCAGCCUUUUAUGACAACAGGACGAUAAAUGAACUGCCAUGGGAUGUGAUCCGCAUUAUUGGAAUUGUCAAGCGGGAUCACUUUGAAGGCCAGCAGCAGACCCUUCACUGUCACGUUGAGUGUCAGAAUGUCAGUCACCGCCAUGACGUUCAUGUUCAGCUCCACGAUGACCAUCAUGACUUUCCUUACGGUACGGCAGAUCUCCUUUGCCAGAACCCAUGUGGAUCUGCUGAUUUGAUCCGAGUGGCUGUGAGUACCAGUGACGUAAGAAGUUCAUCUGAUGUCUAUUUGAACGUUGGCAAUUCCAAAUUUGCACGACCUUCCAAGCCUCAAAGGAACUUCACUGUGUGCAUUUCGGUGAUGGCUGGUCAUUAUGACGAUGUUCUGCAGCUCAUCCAGUCCAUUGAGAUGUACCGUCUAUUGGGUGCUGACAGGAUCUUCAUAUACAAAACGAAUUGCUCUGAGGAGGUGCAAAAGGUUCUGGAUUAUUACACCGCUGAAGGGUUCUUGGUAGUCUUCAACUGGACUGUGGAUUCCUAUUUCACUUCAUCUGAGAUAUAUAAUCAUGGCCAGAAUGUGGCCUUCCAUGAUUGCCUCUACAGAAACAUGUACACCAGCAGGUACCUGGUUCUCAACAGUCCUGGGGAAGUAAUUCUUCCCUACAGACACAACACCUGGAAGGAUCUGCUCGACUCCCUCAAAAAUCAAAACUCCAGGCUCGGGAUUUUCAUGUUUUCAGGUCAUGUCUUUCACCGCAGCACCAAUCCCAAAGUCUCGGGUGGAACAGAAUGGGAGGGUAUCACUGGAAUGAACAUGCUGCACCACAUCUACAGAGAGAAAGAGGCAGAAGGCUCAGAGUCCAAGAAGGUCAUUUUAGACCCACUAAUUGUACAAAAGGUGUGUAUUCCUGAAUUACAGAAGUUAGUUGAAGACGUGAAGGAGGUUGAUGAAAACGAUGCACUGCUGUUUCUCUGCGAAAAUCACGCAGCCACCUCAUCAGGAUCGUAUGACCCAAGAAUAUUGAACUUUGAAUCUAAGCUCAACAAACACGUGAAAGCAGUUCUGAGUGAAACUAUAAAAAGAUGAAGAAUUUGCAGUGGUCCUACCAAAACACCUAAAGUCUGCACUGCUGACGUCUUAUUGGUUUAUGGCUUUCCUUUUAACAGCAUCCGUCAUCCAUCAGUGCAGAUAGGACCAAACUGAAGACCAAUAACUCUAAUGGCAUCAGCGUUGUCAUCAAAAUCAAUGACUAGACACUUGGAACAGUUUGAGGCCUCAAGUACCUGGGAGCAGUUGGCUCAGAUGAAGAUUCAAAGCCUGAAAUUAUGGCCAAGAUGGCUCGAACAACAGUAGCACUCAUGUGAUUUAAGCCCAUCUGGAAUGACAUCAGCGUCACCCUUGGAUCCAAAAUGAGGCUGAUGCUUUCCCUUGUCUUGUCAGCUUUCUUGUAUGCAUGUCAAACAUGGACACUCACAGCAGAGCUACAGAAGAGAGUUCAAACCAUGGAAAUUUGAAGAUCUUGAACAUCUCCUACACCAGAAAUGCUACAAAUGAAGAAAUCAAUCUGGAGAUCACACAGGCAAUCAUAAUCCAUGAUAAUCUGAUCAAAAUUGUCAAAAAAUUAAAAUGGUGUGGCCUCAUCACCAGGUUAUCAAGCCCUUUUAAAGACCAUCUUGCAAGGCACAUUGCCAAAAGAAGAGAUGGAAGGACAAGAGUAAACAGUGUAAGGGUCUACACUUUAGUGACUCCUAGCUACCCGAGAUGAACAGAGAGAGAUAGAGAUGGAGAGAGAGGGGUCAUCAAGACAUUUUCUGUGAUUCCCCCACCCAUGGGUUAGGGGAUAUUUGAUGUGACAUGAAUGAUCAGACAAGAAGACCCUGAAGUUCAGUUGGCCUGACAAACCCAGAAGUGGUCCUUGUAGAGUUUCUGCCCAGGUGAGGACUCUUUCAAUGGUGCCUUGUCAAGUUACGAUUUGUGACUGCGGCCACGUGCCAUUGAGGAAGGUGACUUACAAGAGGCAUUUAAUGGGACAUUGGAAAACACACCAAGAACUGGAGGAGUCUGUGAUGUGGAUACCCUGAAACUUUGUCUGAAAGUGAUGAAUGUAAAGCUUGGACAUCUUAGAUGUUAGCAAAACCAAUGAAGUCUCAGGACUGAAGGGUCUUGACGUAUGUACUAGCAAACCCUCAGGAGGGCUAAUGGUAAAUCACAAGAGAUGACAAAACUUGAGGGAAAAGUUCAGAUCAGAAGGCCAUCUUGGGUUCUCACAGGCAAGUGGCCUUCUCUCCUGAUAUUUUUUGAUGCCAAGUAAGCAUGGAUCUUGUUAAAAGGUUGCAAGGGUUUUAAAAAGUUAAUGUUUUCAAAUCCACAAUAUUUAGUAUAAUUCAGGCUUGUGGGUGGAGUGGAGCCUAUGGUGACAAUAAGGGAAGUAAGGCAGGGACCAACCCUGGAGAGGAUGCCAGUCCAUUGGAGGGCACACUCACAUCCACGAAGGGUCAGUUUAGAGUUGCCCGCUCACCUAAUUAUGUCAAUAAUGGCCAUUGGACUUAAGGCAGGAACCAACUCUCAACAGGGUUCCAGUCCAUAGCCGGGCACAGUCCUGCACACAGGCCUGGUGUAGUGCAGAGUUUAGAAUUGCCCAUGGAAAUGACCACCAUGUCCUAAGAAACACUAGAAAUGCCACAGAAACUCAGGGAGAACAUGGAGGUCCACACAGACACAACCAGGCCAGACUGGAACCUUAAAUGCUGGACUGAUGAGGCAGAAGUUUUAAACUCUGUGGGACCCUCAGAUAUUCUGCAUGAGGUCCAGAUGGUGCCAUUAAAGACAGAAAUGGUCUUGAUGGUAACCUAAUAGGCUGGAUGUUCUUGCUGGAUAAGGAAGAUGCCAGAUUCAACUCAGUUUGCACUUUCAAAUGAUGGCAUCUGUUAAAAGAAGUUUUUAACCCCAUUGGACAUUCUCAGAUUUUCUUGUUAUAUGACUUUGAAUCCCAGUGGAUUUACUUUGGCUUUUUGACACAACGACUCUAUAAUGUCCAAGUGAGAACAGAUCUCUGCAAAGUGAUCUAAAUUAAUAAUAAGCUGAUGACCAAAAACUCUAAUGGCAUCAGCGUUGUCAUCAAAAUCAAUGACCAGACACUUGGAACUGUUUGAGGUACCUGGGAGCAGUUGUCUCAGAUGAAGAUUCAAAGCCUGAAUUUAUGGCCAAGAUGGCUCAAACAACAGCAGCACUCAUGCAACUUAAGCCCAUCUGGAAUGACAUCAGCGUCACCCUUGGAUCCAAACUGAGGCUGAUGCUUUCCCUUGUCUUGUCAGCUUUCUUGUAUGCAUGUCAAACAUGGACCCUCACAGCAGAGCUGCAGAGGAGAAUUCAAGCCAAUGGAAAUUUGAAGAUCUUGAACAUCUCAUACACCAGAAACGCUACAAAUGAAGAAAUGCAUCUGAAGAUCACACGGACAAUCGGAAUCCAUGACAAUAAUCUGAUCAAAAUUGUCAAAAGACAUGAAAACUUAAAUGGUGUGACCUCGUCACUAGAUCAUUAGGCCCUUCUAAGGACCAUCAUGCAAGGCACAUUGCCAGGAAAAGGGGAGUGUGACAGACAAAAGAAGAAAUGGAAGGGCAACAAUAAUUAUUAAUUAAUUUAUUCAAUCAAUUAAUUAAUUAAUGAAGGCCCCUUAUGUGUCUUACUUAAUUAAUUAAUGAAGGCAUAAGUAUUCGCUCCCUUCACUUAGUAUUUAGGAGAUGGCAGCCAUGACAGCCCUGAGUCUGUGUGCACGGGUUUCUCUCUCCGUCAGCUCUGCCGUAUUUUAACUCGUUCUUCUUUGCCAAACUUCUCGAGCUCUGCCAGGUGUGUCACGGUCAUCAUCCCCCUGGAUUGAGAUCUGCACUCUGACUCGGCCACUCCAGGACAUUCACGUUGUUGUCUUGAAGCCAUUCCUGUGUAGCUUUGUCUUUAUGCUUGAGUCUGUUGUCUUCUCCUGAGGUGCAGGUUUCUUGCAGACUUUAGCAGGUUCUUCUUCUGGAUGUCCCAUUGUAUUGCUACCUUCAUUGUUCCCUCACAACCCUUCCCAGAUCGUGUUGCAGAGAAGCAUCCCCACAGCCUGAUGUUACCACCACCUUGCUCCACAAUGGCAAUGGUGUGUUUGUGAUAAUGUGGAGUGUUACGUGACAUUCGGGCUCAAUUUCAGUCUCAUUAGACCACAGAGCCUUCUUCCAGCUGAUUUCACAGCCCCUCGUGUGUCCUCUGCUGAGACGUCCUGUGUUUCUUCUGUUUGUCCCUCUGCUAUAAAGCUGUGGCUGGUGAAGCACCCAGGCAUAGUCAUUGUCUGCACAGUUUCCCCCUUUGUGGCUUGUCACUCACAGAAGUCUCUUGGUGACCUCCCUCAUUUAUCUUCUUCAGUGUUUGUGGAUGGUCUGCUCUGGCACAUUUCCAGCUCUGCCAUACUCUCUCCAUUUCUUCAUGACUGAUUUAUCUUUAUAUUCAGUGACUUGGAGAUUUCCUUGUCUCCGUCUCUUGAGUUGUGCUUGUCAUGGAGUGGCUUGUUUCUUUCUUCUAUCUUCAUUGUGUUGGUUAGCCCACCAUACUGACUCACCACAAGCUGGACCUUCCACAUACAGUCAAUGGAAACCCCAGACAGGUGGCAUCCAUUAAAGUAUUUAUGUGAAUCCUAAAACCAGCGGGUCUACACCAGUGAGGACUUAGGAGCGUCAUAUUCGAUACUUAUGCCAUCGAUUGUUUUGUGUUUUAUAUUUGUUAUUACUUUAGACCACUUUGCACAGAUCUGUUUCCUCGUUGACAUUCACAAGUCUUUAUCUGUUAAUCAAUGCAAGAUUCAAUCCACUGGGAUUCAACGUCAUGGAAAACGUCCCAAGCGGUGAAGAUCUUUUAUACGCACUGCAUUGCUUAGCUUACGGUUUUUUGUAUAAUUUUGAUUCUGACAGCGUAAUGAAUGAUAAAGAAACUUGAUUCAGGAGUUCUUCUAAAUAAUGAUCCAAUCAAUGAUGCACUUAUUCAGAAAUAAAAUGGGACCCGUGACGUCACUAGGGGUGUGACACCAUCAGAUGGGGUGACACCCAAAUGACUGUUUCUAAAGUUUUUGGGUCAGCGUUCCGAGCUAAAAUCACUAAGGGUGAUUCUCCAUGAAAUAUGAGAGUCCAGGGGCUGAAAUCACCAAUGGGGACAUUAAGCAAAUCCACUGGAUAACUUGAUCAGGCGUCCGCACACCAUUAAUACUGGGAAUUACUGCACUGCAUUAAAUGGAUGUCAGUCCGCAUCAAUUCAUCCAGUCAUCCACGGGCCUGUUGAGGUCUUAAUCCAGUCCUGGUUACCACACUGGGUGACACCAACCCUAGUGACGCCAUUGCUCGGGACCCGAUUGAUCUUUUUUUUUUUUUCUUUAAUAACCACUAGAGGGCACAACUGGACUUGGAGGGCAGGCGUUUACGAAACACACAACUGGAUGCAAUAAUCAGGGAGACAAAAUGGCCGGAGGCGGUUUAAGGGAAGGAAGUAUGAGGGCUUAGUGGGCCCGAUUUUCAUUACUGUAUUGGGGUCUUUAAUUUUAUACUGUACAUUAAAUUGCACUUUUGAAGGUAUUUAAAACUGUUAAAAAUGUAUUGCGUUAUUUAUUAAAAUGCUUUCAUUCUAA